ACCAUAAGGAUGAAACCACCGUGCUUGGUCUUGGGCCUUUUAGCUCUUGUAGCAUGUUUCUCGCCUGGUGAGAGUCAAAGAGGCCUCAGGGGACCAUAUCCACCUGGACCACAGCCACCUCCACCUCCUCCUCCACCACCUGUUCCUUUUGGCCCAGAACUUGUUCCACCCCCUCCUCCACCCAAUGGUCCAGGAAGAAUUCCACCACCCCCUCCUCCUUACGGCUCAGGUUAUCCAUAUCCACCUUUCUAACCAAGACCUUAUCCACCUGGACCUCCACUGUUCCCUGCAUAGCCUUCGAUUUAUCCUCCCUUCUUUAAUUCAGCACUUCAAAUAUUAACUCCUACAAUGGUCUCCACUACAACCACAAUGGACCCCACUUCUCCCACAACUACUGCUUCUACUACUCAGAAUACACAACUGCUUCUACGACCCAAACUGAAAAUUAUCAGAGCCUUUUAGAUAAAAUCCUUUCCAUUUUUGGAUGAAGAUGAAAUGUUCCAAAAGCUCUGAGCUUUGGGGAGAAACAAUCUUAGAAAGAAAUUGUAAAACAACUCACACAAACAUUACGCCAAGAAAGUGAAAAUAAAAAGUUGA